AUGGAUGAACCGAAGGUCCUCCGGAAGGAUCAGCUGGAGAUAAGUUUGCACAAUGAGAAAAAGCUUAUCAAGGAGGGGACAAUCAAGGACGACAACCCUCUUGACCUUAGCGAACCCUUCCGGGAGCUCUGCAAUGCUUGUCGUAAGGGGGAUUUGAAAGUUUGUCAGGAGAAAAUCACGGAAGGAGUCAAUAUCAAUGCCCGCGAUCCAUACGAUUAUACCCCUUUGAUCCUGGCAAGUCUCUGCGGCCACUACGAGGUCGCUCAGCUGCUGCUCGAGUCCGGAGCUUUAUGCGAACGGGACACUUUUCAGGGAGAAAGAUGUUUGUAUAACGCCCUCAAUGAUCGGAUACGGAACCUGCUCCUGGAGUACGACUAUUCGAAGUCGACGGAUCCUCUGCAGCCUCUUGCAGCUCACAUCACGUCACUGCUCACUCGCGAAAGCCCUGCGACAGCGGAUAUUGUUGUAACAGCAGGCGAUGAGUCUCUCCAUUUGCACAAGUUCAUCUUGGCCGCACGUUCUCCUUAUUUCCGCAACAAACUGGCCACUGCCCCGGACACGUCGAUAUGGAGGCUUCCUAGCACAAUGCCACCAGAAGCAUUCGGGACAGCGAUUAAAUACCUCUAUUUUGGCGAAGCCCCGCGCGACAUCCGGAGUGGCCCGGGGACCGGGUUCACCGAGUCCGAGGUCUUUUCUAAUAUCGAUAAGAUUGCCAAGCAUUUGGAAAUCAAUACACUUUUGGAUAGUAUAUUGGACAGCGGAGAUAGAAGGCUCGCUCGACAAAGACGGACGCUCGAGGUGGCCAAAGGGCGUGACCAAUUGGAGGAGUGGUUCCGGGUGAAUGUACUCCAACACAAGGUGACUGUGGAAACCUCACGAGCGGAUGAAGUCAAAUGGGACAGAGACAACACCCUAUUUGCGGACGUCUUGCUCCGCGCAGACGAGGACCUCGAUGAUGUGGACGAGCAUAUUGGCACCAACGGCGGUUCUACCCCUCCGCGCGUCCAGAAGAGCACGCUAUUCCCCUGCCACCGGGCCAUGCUCCUACGCUCUGAGUUCUUCCACACCAUGUUUACCUCCCCCUUUCGCGAGGCGCACAUGAAGGACCAUCUCAACAUCAUCCCGGUCGAUUGCUCCCCGGACGUCCUCGAGAUUGUGCUCACCUUUCUCUACACGGAGCGCGCAGACUUUCCGCUCGACAUCGCUGUCGACGUUCUUUUCGCCGCGGACAUGCUCUUCAUCGAGAAGCUGAAGACGAAGGCCGCUGUUGUAAUCAGCACCCUGGGCAGCGGCAACAUGUCGCAGGCCGAGGCCGCCCGCACGCGCGGCACUAUGGAAGAGGACGACCUCGACAUCUACGCCAUUAUCCGCGCCGCCUGGCUGACGCGCGUCCAGCGCCUCGAAGAGUUCGCCGCCCGUUACCUCGCCUACCGACUAGAAGCUCAUAUCGACUCCCCCGAGUUCUCGGAGCUGAUUCAGGAGUCUGCUGCCCGCAUUCAAGGUCGUCAGGAGACCGACUCCAUUGAGUUGCUCGACGACAUCCGGUUCUAUCUCGGCGAGCGCUUCCGGCUCCGGUUCGACGACGCCGGUAUCGACGAGAUGAUGGAGGAAGAAGCGCGGCAGCAAUCCGUCGCACAAGCUCAGAAUACCACCACGGAGACAGAGGGUGACGAAGAGAACGGUAACGCUGUAGACAAGGUUGUCGAGGGGAUGGAGGCACUGGACCUCUCUAGCACCAGGAACGGAACUUCAUACCCAACCCCAGCCAUGGAUGGAGACACAGAUCAAGAACAACAACCCGUCAUCCGUACGCUGGACGGUGAGGUCGUUGUGGACGAAUUCGAUCAGGAUGCGCUCAACUAUCAGAUUCUCAUGGACAAGCUUGAUAGAAUCUUGGAGGCUCUGGACCUUGAUGCUUGA